UGUUGGUUUGUAGGCAGUGGGGUUGACGUGUAUGGUUUGCAUAGCCUCGCUGAACCAGCUGAGGAACAAUUCAAAUCUGUUCUCUUUGAAUAAUCAAAACAGGAGGCUGUGCCGCGUUCAUUACUGGGUCUAUAUGCAAACUCAGAGUCUGCUGUGAUGGGGGAGAGGGAGUUGCUCAUCUUUCUGCUUGCAGGGCUUUGUGUUCCUGCUUCCAACGACAUCAGACGACUCUUCUUUGUGAAUUUUGAGUUGACCUGGUCAGAAGCUCAGAGCUACUGUAGAGAGAACCACACUGACCUGGUUACUGUUCAAAGCCAGAAUGAAACAGAGCACCUCUUAAAUAUGACACGAUAUUCUGUCAACGAUGCUGUCUGGAUCGGGCUGUAUCGUGAUAGUGUCAUCUCCAACUGGGCUUCACUCCUCUACUGCGCUUCAAUCAAUUCACAGGGAGAGUGGGAGGAUCAAUUCUGCUAUCAGAAAAAAGCUUUCAUGUGCUACACAGAGACCUGCAACAUUACUGAGAGAUACACCCUGAUUGAAGAACUGAAAACCUGGACUGAAGCUCAGCAGUACUGUAGAGAACACCACACCGACCUUGUCAGUAUAAAGAGUGACAGUGAAAAUGAAGACCUAGUGAAGAAAGCGCAGGGCAAGCCCUUCUGGAUAGGUCUGUUCAAUAACCUGUGGAAGUGGUCACACCAGGGGGAUAACUACACAUUUCACAACUGGAACACAGGGGAACCGGAUGAUUAUCAAGACAAAGAGAAAUGUGUGGUGAUGCUUAAGGAUGGCAAAUGGGCAGAUACUGACUGCAAAAGUCAUUGUUCCUUUAUCUGCUUUGAUGAUCCACAGUCUGACUCUCAGAGCUCUCCAACCACUCGGCCAUCCUGGCUCCCUGGCACUUCACCCGCAGGAACAGGCACUCCAGUCCCUGAGGAGCUCCACCUGAUCUCUGACAGUAUGGUCUGGCCGGAGGCUUGGCAGUACUGCAGGGAUCACUACACUGACCUAGUGAGCCUCACAAGCCUGGCUGCACAGAACAGAGUGUCGGAGCUCGUCAGGAACAGCACUGCGUCGCGAUUCUGGAUCGGCCUGCACAGAACCGUGGUGUAUGAUAAAUGGUACUGGGUUGCUGGUAAGGAUAAGAGGGCCCCCCUAAACUACACUAACUGGGCCCCUGGGGAGCCCAACAAUCCUUACUAUGAGCACUGCGGGGAGAUGGUGCUGGGGGAGGAUGGGGGGGCUGAGUGGAAUGAUCUGUGCUGCUAUGAAAAGCUCCCCUUUAUCUGUUUCAAAGAUAAAAACCUCUCCUAAAAGGUUUUAUUGCAGUGGUUCUUAAACUUUCUAUAGUUGGAACCCCCAUUUAAAGUCACUUUAGUCUGGGAAAGCAACAUUUAUUAAUACAUUUAUAGAAAUAGCUAGACCUACUUUUUAUUAUAUAAACAUGAAAUGUAUGAGUAAUAGAAGUCUGGUAUGUGACACAGUUUGGCAAUGCCAUGUGUGCUGCAAUGCACUUCAGCCACUGCAGAUGUGGUCGAUUGAAACCUUCCUGUGACCCCCCAGGGGGUCCCAACCCCCACUCUGAGAGCCACUGUCUUCACAGAACCCAUAGCUUUACUAUAUGAGUAGUACACCAAAAAUACUUCAGGUCCUAUGUAGACAAUACUAUAUAAUACUAUUAAAGGGAUACUGUAUAUUGUCUUCUACAUUAUUGUGAUAUAUAAUUGUUACUUUUAAGCAUUUUUUUUCUUUAAAAAUAUUUUUUAAUAUUUAAGUAGUUUUUAGUUAUUUAAGAAGGUGUGUCUGUAGUUGGGUCCUGGAUAUUGUCAUCAGCACCAGUAUAACAAAAUCAAAAGAAAACUUUUAUUUUCCUUGUUUGCACUUUUGUGUUGCUUCAUUGAGCUACAGCAGAGCGGACGUUCAUAACCCCCUGCUGCUGCAGGUAGUCGCAGGAGUGUGUCUGAUUAGAGAACAUUAUUAGAUUGACACGAAGAGGGAGGGAGGAAACUUGUGUGUCUGUCUGCCUGCAGCUGAAACUACCUGCCUCUAGGGAAUAUACCCAAACUGGACAGCCAACAGGGCCUGGUUUCUGAUAAAGUAGAUUGCACCUAAUGCUAAUCUGUUGAAGAAUGUUUGAAAGAUAGAUAGAUAGAUAGAUAGAUAGAUAUUAGUAUGAUGCUACAACUUUAACUAUACAAAAAUAGAAAAUAUGUUAUAGUUUAAGUGGGUACCAUCUCAUUAUUUAUAUAAUAUAUUUCUGAGUGUAUUUUGUGCUAUUAUAAAAUAAAGAUUUUAACUGGUGAACCCAGUA